AUGUCUGCAGAGAGGAAGAGGGGCAGCUUUUUCAAGCUGAUUGAGUCGUUUGCGAUUGAACUGGGGACUCUGAAGAAGGAGAUGGGACACAGGAGCAGAGACCCCACAGAGAGUGUGGACCAGGACGUGGGGGGUCUGUUCCCGCACGGCUCCCCAGGCUCAGGCCGCUGUUCUGGGGUCAGCUCCGGUCCCUCCCCUUCUCCCUCUGGUCCCUCUGGUCUCAGGGACUCGGGUUACUCCGGAUCUCUCCACAGAAAGCUCACAGUGUUGGAGAGACUGAUCCACACUCACUCUGUCUGGCUGCAGCUCACACUGGACCAGCAGGGGGCGCUGCAGCUGCUCCAAACACAGCCUCCAGGGACGUUUGUGGUCCGGAGGUCGUCUUCCCUUCAGAGGAAAGUGCUGUGUGUGAGGAUGGACUCAGACUCGGUUCCGGUCCAGGAGUUCUCUGUGAGCGAGAGCCAGUACUCCUUCUCUCUGGAGGACUCCGCUCUCAGAUUCGCAGACGUGUUUCGCCUUGUUGCCUUCUGUUGCAUCAGCAGAGACGUUUUGCCGUUCAUAUUAAAACUCCCAGAGCCGAUCGCCUCCGCUCGGACCAGGACCGAACUGGACCAUAUCUCCAAACAGGGACCAGGUUUCUGGGACACCUGCAAGAGAAAAACGUCCUCUGUCCCUCCUCCUCUUCCUCCUCCGAGCAAAACAAUCACAGAUUUGACCAUUUCCACCAUCUCCGCUCCUCUAAACCUGCCGAAAAUCUAUACGAGAACUCCUUCCGAACUCGAGUGCAGCCAAUCCAACGGCGCGCUCUGCUUCAUCAACCCCCUCUUUGUCAAAGUCCACCACGAGGACCGCGAGACCUCCCAGAUCGCAACAACCCCAGACCCCGAGGGAGGCGACGGGGAUGCCAAACUCGACCAAUUUAGCAAAGAUACAUCCCAGUCUCCGCGUUCUCCUUGUCCUCCCAGACCUCCUCCUCCUCGAUUCUUCAACGCCAAGCUCUCGCGGGCUCAGAGCAUGCCUGAGAAAGUCCAGUGGGUGAAGGAGAAACCCGAGGGAAGGGACCGCAAAAACCGAGAGGGGAGCUUCCUGUCCCGCCUGAGCUCCUCCCUCAGCAUCAGCCCGUCCAGCUCGCCCCCGACCAAGAUCUCGCACAUCAGCUCGCCGAUCAGCAUCCCCAAUCAGACGGCGGUGUUGUCCCUGGCGGCUUUCUCCUCGUCUCCUCGGCGCGUGUUCCAAAUGUCACCUUCCUCGUCGAGCCAAGAGGACGCGGCAAUGGAGGACCACAUCAUCGAGAGGGCGCUGAGGCGGGCCCGGCUGAGGCGGGUGAGGCUGCAGAGGACCGGGACGAGCAAAGACAAGGACGAGGCAGGAGACGCUAAUGCUAACGGAAGGCAAGACGGCGAGAGCCAGAUGGACGUCACGGAUGCUGGCCGCAACGGAGGACAGAGGUUGAGCGAUCUGAGUCUCUCCACGGACUCCUCGGACUCUCUGGACUUUUCCCAAUCGUCCUCGUUCUUCUUCCCGCCGAUGCACGACCCGAAGCCGCCCACGCUGGCCGAGAUUGACGCGCACCUGCCCAUGUCCCUGCCGCAGUUCUGCACCAGCCUGGACUACGACGAGGACGAGGAGGAGGACUACGAGGAGGAGGACUAUGGCGUGAGUCUGGAGAGCGACCAGGAGGAGCAGGAGCAGGACCAGGACGUGACGAUGGAGCCUCCGGGACGCCGCGGGGGGAGGCACAGGGGCAGUGCGAGCGCCGUGGUCAUACAGAAGGCUUUGAAGGGGCAGCUGCGGAAGAUGAGCGGCGUGUUCAACUCGCUGCUGACGCCGGAGAAGCGAGCCGUGCGGCGCGUGCUGGAGCUGUCGCGGGACAAACGCACGUACUUUGGGGGAUUGGUGCAGGACUUCCUGGGCUACAUGAGCGACCAGGGCCAGGAGCAAGGUCUGGGUCUGGGUCUGGACUCGGCCUCGGAGCUACUGCAGACGGUCCGACAGUUCCUCACUCAGAUGAAGAGUUACCUGAGACAGAGCUCUGAGCUGGAGCCGCCCAUCGAGAGCCUGAUCCCAGAGGAGCAGAUCGGUGAGUCCAGGUCUCUCUCUCUCCUCUCCUCCCUCUCUUCCCUCUCCCCUCUCUAUCCUCUCUCCUCCCCUCCUCUCCCCUCUCUAUCCUCUCUCCUCCCCUCCUUUCUCCUCUCUAUCCUCUCUCCUCCACUCCUCUCUCCCCUCUCUAUCCUCUCUCCUCCCCUCCUCUCCCCUCUCUAUCCUCUCUCCUCUCUAUCCUCUCUCCUCCACUCCUCUCUCCCCUCUCUAUCCUCUCGCCUCCCCUCCUCUCUCCUCUCUAUCCUCUCUCCUCCCCUCCUCUCUCCCCUCUCUAUCCUCUCUCCUCCCCUCCUCUCUCCUCUCUAUCCUCUCUCCCCACUCCCUCUCUCUCCCCUCUCUAUCCUCUCUCCUCCCCUCCUCCUCCCCCUCUCCAUCCUCUCUCCUCCCCUCGUCUCUCCUCUCUAUCCUCUCUCCUCCACUCCUCUCUCCCCUCUCUCUCCUCUCUCUCUCCCCUCCUCUCCCCUCUCUAUCCUCUCUCCUCCCCUCCUCUCUCCUCUCUAUCCUCUCUCCUCCACUCCCUCUCUCUCCCCUCUCUAUCCUCUCUCCUCCACUCCUCGCUCCCCUCUCUAUCCUCUCUCCUCCCCUCCCUCUCUCCUCUCUAUCCUUUCUCCUCCACUCCUCUCUCCCCUCUCUAUCCCUCUCUCCUCCCCCUCUCUCCUCCUCCCCUCUCUAUCCUCUCUCCUCCCCUCCUCUCUCCCCUCUCUAUCCUCUCUCCUCCCCUCCCUCUCUCCUCUCUAUCCUCUCUCCUCCACUCCUCUCUCCCUCUCUAUCCUCUCUCCUCCACUCCUCUCUCCCCUCUCUAUCCUCUCUCCUCCCCUCCUCUCUCCUCUCUAUCCUCUCUCCUCCACUCCUCUCUCCCCUCUCUAUCCUCUCUCCUCCACUCCUCUCUCCCUCUCUAUCCUCUCUCUCCCCUCCUCUCUCCUCUCUAUCCUCUCCUCCACUCCUCUCUCUCCCCUCUCUAUCCUCUCUCCUCCCCUCCUCUCUCCUCUCUAUCCUCUCUCCUUCCCUCCUCUCCCCUCUCUAUCCUCUCUCCUCCCCUCCUCUCUCCUCUCUAUCCUCUCUCCUCCACUCCUCUCUCCCCUCUCUAUCCUCUCUCCUCCCCUCCUCUCCCCUCUCUAUCCUCUCUCCUCCCCUCCUCUCUCCUCUCUAUCCUCUCUCCUCCACUCUCUCUCCCCUCUCUAUCCUCUCUCCUCCACUCCUCGCUCCCCUCUCUAUCCUCUCUCCUCCCCUCCUCUCUCCUCUCUAUUCUUUCUCCUCCACUCCUCUCUCCCCUCUCUAUCCUCUCUCCUCCCCUCCUCUCUCCUCUCUAUCCUCUCUCCUCUCCCCUCUCUAUCCUCUCUCCUCCCCUCCUCUCUCCUCUCUAUCCUCUCUCCUCCCCUCCCCUCCUCUCCCCUCUCUAUCCUCUCUCCUCCCCUCCUCUCUCCUCUCUAUCCUCUCUCCUCCACUCCUCUCUCCCCUCUCUAUCCUCUCUCCUCCCCUCCUCUCUCCUCUCUAUCCUCUCUCCUCCACUCCUCUCUCCCCUCUCUAUCCUCUCUCCUCCCCUCCUCUCUCUAUCCUCUCCUCCACUCCUCUCUUCCCUCUAUCCUCUCUCCUCCCCUCCUCUCCCUCCUCUCCCUCCUCUCUCUCCUCACACUGGUCAGUUUCUGCGUCAUCAGAUUUAAUCUCAGUGAUCAUCAGUUGGUGUCAGCACUCGUGGUCAUGACUCCUCUGACCCUACACCUCACCUCCCACACUCACUCAUUACAAGUUUCUCUGCUGACCUGCUGCAAAACCAGGACGGCCCAAAACACAUUCUUGAAAUCCAAAAAUCCAAAUGAAAAACAUGUAUGA